GUUUCAAAAAUCGUCUGUCGUCUUCUGAGUUUGCGUUCACAUAUUACACUUGUUCAAUCCAAGGAGUUUUUUCAUUAUUUUAAAUUUAUUUACACAUUUAUUGAUUGAAAUUCAAUUAAAAUAUUUACCAGUCUAAUCAGUUGAUAGCAUUGUUAGCCAGGAUUUGUUAUUUGGAAAUUUAUAUUGAUAGUUUAAGCAUGUUUUAUUCCCAAUAUUAUCUUGCUUACACAGGUACAAUGAUUACGUAACAAGUGAUAAUUUAAAAAAGGAUUAAAUUUCUCAUGAAUAAAUUUUGCGGUUUUAAUAUGAUGAUUAAACUUAGUAUAGUGAGCUUUCAAGUGAGUGAUAUAAUAACACAUUUGAUAUCUGAGCAUUUAUAAUAGCCUAUAACUUCUUUUUGCUACCAACCCAAAGACACUGUGUGGUUAAUGUCUAUAAAAAUUAAUUUAUGAAUCGCAAUUCAAAAAGUCAAUAGUCAAACUCAAGUCAUGGCAGACCCUGCAAUUCAGACAUUUUGCUGUUUUAACCCUGGUAAAAGGGCAAAACCUGCUUUACUUGCUCUUACAGAGUUCAACUCUUUAAACUACAAUACAGUUUGCUUAGUAUCAUCGUUUAUUGGAAUGGCUGGAGCUAUAUAUCAGAUUUUACACAAGAAAGAUUACUUCCACAAGCAUAGACUUGUAUCUCUUUUGUGUGGCCGAGGGAGAAAAAUUAUAUUAUGGCUUGCAUUUGCGGAUCUGCUUGCGUCGUUAGGAGUUUUUGUGAGAUCAAUAGUCAAGCUAAAUGAUAAUUUCGUCAAUAGGAUGGACGAGAGUGAUUCAACAUUCUUAUUCUGCAUGAUAUUCUCAGUGUGGACGCAAUACUUCUACUGUGUGACGUGGAUGUGGACCCUGUGCUACACAGUGGACAUGUGCCUGGCAGUUCGGGACAGGCAGUCCUAUCCCACCAUCUACCACCUGUUCUGCUGGCUCCUGCCCGCCGUCCUAACUGCUGGAGGUCUUACCUUGCUCUAUUAUCCUAAUGCUAGCUGCAUAGACCCAACCAGCCAGUCGCUACUUGACCGUGUGCUGCCCAACUACUUUGCCACCUACUUGCCAGUGCUUGCAGUGAUGCUGGCCAACCCGCUGCUGUACUGGCACGUGGCCAAGCACUUGCAGCGAGUGAUCAGCUCGGGCCUCGGCCAGUGGACCAACAAGGAGCGCAGUGUUGUCGAGUCGGUGCACCGCACCUUUGCCCUCGUCAAUGUGCUCUUCUACAUCUGCUGGCUGCCCAACCUGAUCAGUGCCGUGCUCGUCUGGAUAUGGCCCACGCCUCAGCUCACAUUUGUCGUCACACUGUGGUAUCUUAUGGCAAUCGUCAAUCCAUUACAAGCCGCAUUCAACUGCAUAGUCUACAGUAGUUUCAGUUCGAAAAUGAAUGUGCCCUGGUACCCAGUAGAUCAUCCACCCAUCGAAACUACGCCUCUUCUCAGCACGAAUACAUCCAGUGAUGAAGGCCCUUUGUAAGUGCUCUUAAAAACUCUAUUGUUUUUAAAAAAAUCAGCGAAAAUUUUUGUGAAGAAGUAAACUUUCAAGAUUUGCAAGAUUCCUGUGGCUAUUUGUGACUUUGUGAUAUUUUUUGAAAAAAAUGAAUAAUUAGUGAUAUGGGUGUGUGCACACAGAGAGCGGUCUUAGGAAGAUAUAGAUCUGGAUAACAAUUUAUAUAUCUAUAUCCUCGUUAGGACUGCAGACACUCGGAACACCUUAAAGGUUUAUGUUGAUUGAAAUAAAACCGGACUUCUAGAGUCCUAUGAAACAGUCAUCAGAUCAAUCUUGAGGCUUGAGUACAUCUAAAACAUCUCACAGGUUUUAUUUUGUGAAACUAAGUAGUGGUAAAAAUUUGCUAGUGUUUGCAAAGUUCAAGAUCUCAUAGUUGUAUGACAGAUACCAGUCACUCAUGAUGCUACAUGAUGCAGUAUAAACGUGAAAGUACAUAUUGAUAGAUAAAAUUUUCCAAAUGGUUCCAAGUAUUUUGUAUAAGAGUGUAGUAUUGUAAAUGUAUUCUAUUUUUCUAUGUGUAUAAAAUGUUGUAUGAUGUGUUUCCUCUUCGUAUAAGUUAUAUUUUAUUUGAAAAUGUAUCUUCUGCAGUUGAUUUCUUAUAUCAGGUUAGUCACUGUUUAAGGGUGAAUUUCUAGCAGAAUUUUCUCAUUGGUACCACUCACUGAAAACUGUUGGCAGUUUUAAUGCAAACUGUUUUAUGAAGCUCCAAUGAAUUUUAAUGCAAUAUUUUGUAUAGAGGUCAGAUUAUUUUGUAGCUAGAGUAGUUAGUAAAUUAGAAUUUGGACAAAAUUUUAUGAUCCAUGCUCUGAAAAUCACUGUGAUCUAUUGUAAUGAAGAUUUUAUAGUAUUUCUAUAGAUAUUAUAAUAAUUAUUUUUUUUUGACUUUGAAAAUAGUUUUGUAUGGGCUUUGAUGUUUUUGUAUUAAUUGAUGAAGCUCGUAAUUCUUUUUUCAUCCCAGUUGAUUGAAAUUAAAUGAGUGCUCAAAUAUCAACCUAUAAAUCGAUAAUUCUCUUAGAAUUUAAUUUCAUUCAAUCAUCAGCAUUUACGAUGAUUUAUGAAGCCGCCGAUUCAUUUUGUGAGUUUAUAAGUUCUAGUAUAAGGUUUUUAUUCUUGUCAGUAAAAUACUGUAGUAUCAAUAAGACUAAACGUUAUUAUAAGAUAAUGCCAAAUUCACAAAAGUUCUAAUUGCACAAAACAAUCUCAUACAAUGAAAAUGAACAAAUCUAAAUUAUCAUUUAAAUAUAAUAUGUUAACCAAUAAAGUGAUCAUCUCCUAAACCAAUCUAUGAAAAUCUCCUACAAUAAGCUAAUUGAUAUACUUCAUUAAUUCUCACAAUAAGUAAAAUUAAAAUUAUAAUGAUAGGGAGAGGAAAAUAAGUUAUGCUAAGAAUUCUAAAACAAACUGUAAAAACUGGAAUUUUUUCCCAAUCUUUGUGCAAUAUAAAUAGUUAGUAUCUAUACAAUGUAGCAUAAUAUGAAGGUACUUAUUAUGCCUUCACCAAACAGUAUUGUACAAUUUAGUUUUAUAUUCUACCCAUUCCAAAUAUAUUAAACGGUAAUUUAUUUGCAAGUUUUUGUUGUUUUUUGUUCUCGAUUACAAUUUUCAUAAAAUUUAAUCUUGUUUUUAGUUCAAAUUUUAAAUGAAUACGUGUGCUCCCUGGCCCACUGAUUUGUUUGUAAUUUUAAAUAAUAUUUAACCUAUGAAUAUUUUAAUAUAAAAAAUAUAACACAACAUAGUUGAGACAGUGUGCAAAGCAAUAGUUUGUUAUUUUUUUGUGAAUGUGAAAUAAAAUUUAUAUUCUAUAA